UCGUCUGACAGCUCCAGCGAUGAUGAAAAGAAGAAGAAGAAAAGAAAGAAGAAAGACAAGAAAAGAAAGAAGAAGAAAAAGAAGAUGAGGAAAAAGAAAAUAUAUUCAAGCUCAAGCAGCAGUUCUUCUUCAAGCGAGAGUGAGGAUGAGAAAUCAGGCCAGAAACUAAAGAAGGAAACAGGAAAAUGGUCACUGUGGGGCGAAGCUGCUGCAGCUGAGGGAAAUGAGGGGUUAUUACAGGGCGAGCUGGAGGGACGUUCAGGCGUGAUGGCUGAUGAUUGGUCAGCGCCUCCAGCAGCAUUCCCUGCGGUCUGUGAGGCUGAGAGGACUGAUGGGAAAUGUGACGAUGGUAAAAGAAGAGAAGAGGAAAUGAAAGGGAAGCUAAGGAAAAAGAAAAAGGAUUCUGCUUCAUCGUCGGAAUCAACCUCCUCCUGCUCAGAGAGUUCCUCCUCAGACAGCGAGGAUGAAAAGAAGAAGAAAAAGAAGAAGAAGAAAAAGAAGAAGAAGAAAAAGAAAAAAAAGAAGGACUCGAGCUCAUCUUCAUCUGAUUCCUCAUCCUCAUCGGAUGAUGAUAAAAAGAAAAAGAAGAAAAAGAAAAAGAAGAAAAGGAAAAAGAAGAAGAAGAAGGGCUCCAGUUCUCCUUCGCCUUACAUCGAUGAUGAGAAUGAAAAGAAGAAAGAUGACUUAAAGGAGGAAGUGAAGGAGGAACCUCAGGAUGGAGGACGAGAGGAUAGAGAGCGAUACGACAUUUUUCCAGAUGAUCCCACAGCUGGAUUCCCCACAGAGGGGGCGGAGUCUCAGGGGGAGGGUUCAAGGGUCACCUGGGGCGUCGGGGCUUUAAACUACAGAUUUCACCAGGAUCCUGAGAGAAACGGCAACGAGUCUGAGUUUUCAAUGUUGAACGAGAAUGAAGUGUGAUUUGUAAAAAACAAUCUUCAAAAAGUUGUUUUGCACUUUUUAAUACUUUGGAUUUAGAUUUGAUUAACAGCUUUUUUUUCUGGGUCAUGAGCAGAAUUUUUGAAACACAGGGCUUUUGUGUUGGAAAUGAGUUUAAGUUCUUUAUCUCAGAGCUAAAUAAGAGAUUUCUGAUUUGUUACUUAAAGCAAUUCAUUUUUUUUCCUUAUGGAGAUGGAAAUUAUAAUUUUUUGUAGCUUAGGUUUUAGACAGUUUCUCAGAUUUUAGAUUUCCUCCAAUGAGCAUGAAGGUCUAAAAUGAGUCAGAAGGGACAUUUAAUAUUUUAAAGUUUGUUAUUAGCGAAUAAACGCUUGGUGGUUGUAUGGAUGUUAUAGCUUCACAACACAAAUCAGUUCAUAUGAUUUAUUUUCCUACCAUUUCAGAAAAAGAUUAAAAAAAAAUAAAAUUUCAAUUACAUUAAUGAAUAAGGCACCGAGUGUGAAAAAACUGCUAAAUAAAAUUGGAAUCAGAUCAAAAUUUUUAAUCUCAGAAAUAGAGAUUACGAAGAAAAUGCUACAAUUUUAUUCUAUGGUUUUUAAUAAUAUUAUAUUUAUAACAUACAUUUGCAAUGAACAAUACAUAAACAACAAAUAAGAUUUUAGUUUGA